UUGAAUAUUUACAGCAAACGUUUGCGGCAAAGGGAUUCAAAGGUAGACAAAGAAAAAUCAGCGGCCAAAGACAAAGAUAAACCUGAAACGAAGAAGGACAACGAAGAGGACUGCAUCACCAUCAGUGACGAUGAAGAAGCACUCGUGCGUGCCGAACGUGUUCGUGGCACGCACGACCCUCGCUUCCCGUGGGUGUCUUUCUUCGCUCUAAGCGCGGUGCGGGCCGGGGGCGAGCUCACGUGGAAUACAACUACGACGUGGGUUCCGUGGCCGGGAAGGUCCUCUACUGUUACUGCGGGGCCCCAACAUGUCGCGGCCGGCUGCUGUGACCUGCCUCACUCGUACACACCUUGGACUUCAUUACUGUAUAAAUGGGACUAA